AGGGAGUGUCUAGAGAGGUGACCAACAACUGGAGUUUAGUUCCUCAGCAGAGAAGUUGCAGUCUAAAAGCACAACUCAGCCCAACUAGUCAGAAGAAGGUGCGCUUAAUCGAGAGUUAAGUUCUAAGUUCACCUCGAUCCAAGUUCUAAGUUCGGUUGCGGGCAUCGACUUACGAGAACUUACAUUCACACCGGUGCAGAAUGGUGUGUCGGGGGGUGUUGGCAGUUGUGAUGCUGUUGUGCGCAUGCGCAGUGCAUCACAGCAUCGCAGCUCCAGCUGCUGAGGUGGAGUUGAUCACUGAACCAAGGCCUGGCGAAGAGUAUGUCCUAGUGCAGGGUCACAAGGCUCAGCAGAAUACUGCCGCCGAAAAACCAGGUGACUUCUCGACAGCACACCAGAUUCCGUCGGUGCAGGAAAAACAGGCGCUGACUAGGGAGGCUGCUGAAAAGGGGCGCAGUUUUGCCACGUCGCACAAAGUCUCGCGUCCGGCUCAGGUCCCCAACAAAAACGAUGAGUCAGCUGAUCAGCAGCUGAGACGCGACACAAGGCAGACGUCGGUCGCGCCCACGCAACGUAAGUGGUUCGGAACACACCUACAACUCUAGUUUUUCCACCAUGCACAAGCCUAAAAUCCAAAUCAAA